AACAAAUAAUUUGAGCAUAUCUAAAGUGGUGGCAACAGCACUGAUUUAGAUAAUGGAUGAAACGGACACAGGAGAUGGAGAGGGGGCCGCGCCUUUACCUCUGUCUCUUAUGGAACCCAUCACAGUUGUGAACUACAUAAAGAGAGUUAUUCCUGUCAUGAUGGAAGAAGAUCCCAGUGAAAUAACACCUCAGUUUGAGAAAGAACUGAAGUCACCAGCGGUGUACGGGAUGAUAGAGAAAUUCAUUGGAGAAUCACAGAUACGAGCAGUCCUUGUCAACAGAUUGACCAAAGACAGCGAGGAUCCUGAAAGUGAUGUACCUCCAGAGAUUAGCUACUCUAUCUCUAUAGACAUCCAAUACCUGUCUAAUAAGGUUAUGACGGUAGCGUUUAUCAAGCGUGGCACGCACGUAGAGAGCACGAAGCAGCUCACAAAGCAGAUGCAGACCAUACAUUUGUCUCAGGAGAGUACUUAUGAGUCCUUGCAUUCCUUGAUAUCCUCCGCAAUCAUCCCCAUAUUCAACAGCUUCGUCACAAAGAGCGGUAAAUCGGAUGAUGGGGAUAAGAUGGUACCUGCCAUCAAAAAGAACUUUGCUGAACUGGAAACUGGUCUGGUUCACCUGCAACAAAACAUUGAUAUACCUGAGAUCAACCUGGUCAUCCACCCUCAGAUCUUAACUGCUAUCAAGAAGGCUGAUAAAGAAGGCGGAAAGCCCAAAGCUCAGGAUUUUGAUGUUGAGGAUUCUACUUUGUUAAACGCCCUCCAAGCUGGCGUCAACAGGUGGAUUAGAGAAGUGCAAAAGGUAACCCAGCUGGACAGAGACCCGUCCUCCGGCACAGCAAUCCAGGAAAUCAGCUUCUGGUUAAACUUGGAACGAGCGUUACGUAACAUCCAGGAAAAGUGUGACAGUGUUGAAGUGACACUGACACUGGAGGUUCUGAGACUGGGACGGAGGUUCCAUGUCACUGUCAAGUUUGAUACGGAUACUGGACUAAAAUCAGCUCUGGAAACAGUAAACGAUUACCAGAACCUCAUGAAGGAUUUCCCUCUCAACGACCUUCUCUCUGCUACCGAUCUCAUGAACAUCAAGAUAGCACUAGUUGCAAUAUUCACGCAUCUCAAGAAGAUAAGAACGACCAAGUAUCCCAUUCAAAGAGCCCUGAAGCUGAUAGAGGCUAUUUCUAAAGAUCUCACCAACCAGCUCCUCAAGGUUCUAGGAACACGAAGACUGAUGCACAUCACGUUUGAUGAGUUUGAGAAGACCAUGGCUCUGGCGCAUAAUGUGUUCCAAACAUGGGACGAUGAGUACGAGAAGGUGAACCAGCUGCUGAGAGAGAUCAGCAGAAGAAACCGACGAGAAGAGAGUAUGCGUAUGAUGUGUCGUAUUAAUCCGGCACACAAGAAGUUACAGAACAGACUCGAUGCCAUGAGAAAGUUCCGUCGCCAACACGAGCAGCUCCGCACAGUAAUAGUGCGUGUGCUACGUCCCACCCAGUCCAAAGCAAAGGCAGACGACUCUGGGGAGAAACAGGGCGAUAACAGUGGCGGGAGUAACGCGGAGAAGAACCUGGACUUCGCAGACAGCAACACUGUUAACGAGGUGAAGCUAGCGUACGAGAACGUGAAGGAGGUGGACUGUCUGGACACUACUAAGGACGGUAAUGAGCAGUGGGAGGAUGCUAUGAAGAGAUACGAGCAGAGAAUAGAUCAGGUUGAGACAAGGAUCACAGCUCGUCUCAGGGACCAGCUAGGAGCUGCUAAGAACGCUAACGAGAUGUUCCGUAUCUUCUCUCGCUUCAACGCACUCUUUGUCAGACAGCGAAUCAGGGGCGCUAUCAGGGAGUAUCAGACUCAGCUGAUUCAGAGAGUUAAGGACGAUAUAGACGCCCUGCACGACAAGUUUAAAGUGCAAUACCCACACAGUGCAGCUAGCAAGGGUAGCAAGACACGUGAUCUACCUCCCGUGAGUGGGAGUAUUAUAUGGGCUAGACAGAUAGAUCAGCAGCUCACUAUGUACUUGAAGAGGGUCGAGGAUGUGCUGGGUAAGACAUGGGAACGUCACGUGGAAGGACAGAAGCUGAAAGCUGAUGGAGACAGUUUUAGACAGAAGCUGAACACUCAGCAACUAUUUGAAGACUGGCAAGCUAAGGUGAUACAGCGUAACCUGGGAGUAUCCGGACAUAUCUUCUCUAUCCAGCAACAAAGAAACAGGUCCGGGAAGAACAUCAAGAAGUUGAACGUUAACUUUCACCCUGAGAUUAUUACUCUCAGUAAAGAGGUCCGCAACCUGAAAUGGCUGGGUUUCCGAGUACAACUAGCAAUAGUUAACAAGGCCCACCAAGCUAACCAGCUUUACCCCUUUGCUAUAUCUCUGAUUGAGAGCAUGAGAUCUUACGAGAGGACCUGUCAGAAGGUUGAAGAACGAGAAAGUAUUGCUCCCCUGGUAGCUGGACUCAAGAAGGAGGUUCAGACAAUCAUCUCUGAUGGAAUAGCACUAGUAUGGGAGAGCUACAAACUGGACCCCUACGUUCAGAAGCUAGCAGAAGGAGUCCUCAACCUGCAAGAGAAAGUUGAUGACCUCAUGGCUAUCGAGGAGAGGAUCGAUGUGGAAGUGCGCGCACUGGAGACGUGCGCGUACAAGCGCGAGACAUUCCGCGCAAUCCUGGACCAGGUGCAGAAGUAUGUGGACCAGUUGAAUCUGCAGAGUUACACGAAUUUGCAGAUGUGGGUUCAGAACCUGGACAAGAGGGUCGGAGAGAAACUAACAGGACGGUUAGUGGCCGGCAUGAAGGCGUGGCACGGUGCCCUCAUCAACUACUCCUCCGACCAGGAUACCCCUGAGGAGCAUGCAACAGAGCUAGGGGCCGGCUUCUUUAAACCUGGCGGGGAACCUAAUAUUCCCAGUCAGGUUCACGAUGUUGUGAUAGUUAAUCAGGAGAUCACUGUGCAUCCUCCAAUUGACAAGUCACGUGCUAUCCUGACCAAUCACCUGAACGGAUACGUUGGUACAAUCUGUGGUCUUAGCACUCUACAGAGUACACGAUACACUGUGGGUAUUGAGGUAGCAGCAGGGGAUACAACUCACAGGGGCCUUCUUACUGGUUGUGGAGAAACAGUUACCACCUACUCCGAAUGUCUGACUGCAAUAGAGGACUGCCUGGACAAGGGGGACAAAUACAGCAGCGUGUGGCUGAAUUACCAGUCUCUUUGGGAUAUGGACAUGGGAGUGAUCUGUAGCAGAGUUGGGGAGGAUCUUAACUUGUGGCAGAAACUUCUCAAUGAUAUAAAGAAGCACAGACUUACAAUAGAUAAGAUGGAGACAAGGGAGCAGUUUGGACCGUUAGUUGUGGACUACAGUCAGGUGCAAACCAAGAUCAACAUGAAGUACGAUACCUGGCACAAGGAAAUCCUAUCUAGAUUCGGACAAAUGCUGGGAGAAAGCAUGGGGAGCUUCCAGACGGAUAUCAACAAGGCACGUACAGACCUGGAGUCCUCUUCCCUGGACACGUCCAGUACUGCGGAGGCAGUCCAGUUUGUCACGUACGUCCAGCAGUUGAAGAGGAAUAUGAGACAGUGGCAGGAAUGUGUUGAGACGUUCACAAGCGGACAGCGUAUCCUAGAAAGACAGAGAUACCAGUUCCCCAACAACUGGAUAUACACUGACCAAGUGGAGGGUGAGUGGGAUGCAUUCUGUGCUAUACUCAAGAAGAAGGACAGUCAUAUUCAGCAACAGGUAUCUCAACUACAAGAACGGAUCAUGUCAGAGGACAAGUCCCUGGCAGCUCGGACUCAGGAUCUUCUGGGAGAGUGGAACCUGAACAAGCCCAUUCAGGGCAACAUCAAACCUUCCAACGCUCUUGAUACGCUAGUACUGUUCGAGAAGAAGUUCCUGAAGCUUAAAGAAGAAAGAGAUAACAUUGUCAAGGCUAAGGAGGCUCUAGAACUGAGCGCCGCUGGUGGAGCUCAAGACAACCAGCUAGAGAUAAUCUUGGAAGAAGUUAAGGAUCUUAAUGAAGUGUGGCGUGAACUUAGCUCUAUCUGGGUUCAGAUUGACGAGUGGAAGGAGAAACCCUGGCUUAGUAUCUCCCCCCGUAAAGUGCGUUCUGGACUUGACGCGCUGCUCACCCAAUGUAAAGCUAUGCCAGCUAGACUUAAGUCUUAUAGUAGUUACGAUUAUGUCACUAAAGUACUGAAGAACUUCAUCAAGGUGAACCAAACAAUAGUAGCCCUGAAAUCUGAAGCACUCAAAGAACGGCACUGGAAGAGCAUGAUGAAGGAGCUGAACGUAGUCUGGGUUAUGAGCGACCUGACUCUAGGCAGCGUGUGGGCUGUGGAUCUUCUGAAGAACGAGUUGAUCGUGAACAAGAUUAUUACAACCGCUCAGGGUGAAAUGGCUCUGGAGGAGUUCCUGAAGCAAGUACGUGAGAAGUGGAACUCUUACGAGUUAGAACUGAUAAACUACCAAAACAAGUGUAGAAUUAUAAAGGGGUGGGAUGAACUGUUCGAUGGUGUCCGGGAGCAUAUCAACUCUGUGUCAGCUAUGAAGUUGUCUCCUUACUACAAGGUGUUUGAAGAGGACGCACUAGCAUGGGAGGACAAGUUGAACCGUAUAAACGCCUUGUUUGACGUGUGGAUAGACGUACAGCGAAGAUGGGUGUAUCUGGAUGGGAUCUUCAGUGGUUCUGCGGAUAUUCCUCACCUACUGCCCGUUGAAACUUCUAGAUUUGCAAGUAUCAGCACAGAGUUCAUGGGUCUGAUGAAGAAAGUUGUUAAAUCCCCGCUGAUAGUAAACGUUAUCACCAUCAACGGAGUGCAGAGGUCCCUGGAGCGACUAGCUGACCUUCUUCAGAAGAUACAGAAAGCUCUGGGAGAGUAUCUGGAGAGAGAACGAGCUGGUUUUCCCAGGUUCUACUUCGUCGGAGACGAGGAUCUAUUGGACAUCAUCGGAAACAGCAAGAGCGUCCAGAAGAUACAGAAACAUUUCCGUAAGAUGUUUGCUGGUAUUGCAACUAUAACUCUCUCAGAGGAUGAGAGUACAAUAACUGGAGUAGCGUCACGUGAGGGAGAGGAUUUGGAGUUCCUGAAUCCAAUAGUGAUAGCUGAGCAUCCACAGAUCAACGACUGGCUCGGUCUGCUCGAGAAAGAGAUGAGAUUAACACUAGCCACAUUGCUGUCGAACGCUGUGUCCGGAGUAAAAGGAUUCAGAGUUGAUGGAGUGUUCGAUAAGGAGAAAUACAUGGAGUGGAUCGGGCAAUAUCAGGCCCAACUCGUCCUGCUGGCCUCACAGAUCACGUGGUCUGAGAACUGUGAUAGCGCGCUCGCUAAGAUUGAUGGUGGAGCGGAUCUCAAUGUCAUGCAGGACGUUCUGUUACAGGUUGAAGAGACCCUGAACAUCCUCGCUGACGGAGUACUGUUGGACCAAGUGCCAGUGAAACGUAAGAAGAUGGAGCAACUUAUUACAGAGCUGGUUCACCAGCGUGACGUCACGAGGCAGCUUAUUGCUGAUAAGAUCAGAAGUAAUAAGUCCUUUGAUUGGCUGUGUCAGAUGAGGUUCUACUACAACCCCAUGGAACCAGAAGUGCUAAAACAACUCUCCAUCCGCAUGGCAAACGCCCAGUUCAACUACGGGUUUGAGUACCUGGGUGUAACUGACAAACUGGUACAAACCCCACUAACUGAUAGGUGUUAUCUGACUAUGACGCAGGCUUUGGAGGAGCGACUUGGGGGUUCUCCGUUCGGUCCUGCCGGUACUGGAAAGACAGAGUCUGUGAAAGCUCUUGGUAACCAGCUCGGAAGAUUCGUUCUGGUCUUCAACUGUGACGAGACAUUCGACUUCCAGGCAAUGGGUCGUAUCUUUGUGGGACUGUGUCAAGUAGGAGCCUGGGGUUGCUUUGACGAGUUCAAUCGUCUGGAAGAGAGAAUGUUAUCAGCUUGUUCACAGCAAAUUCAAACCAUCCAGGAAGCUCUCAAGGAACAUGGUUCUACUGCCAACGCAGAUGCACCAAUCCAGAUCGAACUGGUUGGGAAGCAAGUGAAGGUUAGCACUGACAUGGCUAUCUUCAUCACCAUGAAUCCUGGUUACGCUGGUCGAUCUAACCUGCCUGAUAACUUGAAGAAACUAUUCAGAAGUUUGGCGAUGACACAGCCGAACAGACAGCUGAUUGCUCAGGUCAUGCUUUACUCACAAGGAUUCAGAUCUGCUGAGAUGCUCUCAAAUAAGAUUGUACCUCUCUUUAAGUUGUGUCAAGAACAGCUAUCCUCGCAGUCUCACUACGACUUUGGUUUACGAGCUCUUAAAGCCGUGCUGGUGUCAGCUGGAAACGUUAAGAGAGACAGGAUUAAACGGAUAAAAGAAGAUAACGCGGCUAGAGGUGAGAAAGUAGCUGAGUGUGAUAUCGGAGCUAACCUUCCUGAACAAGAUAUCCUGAUACAGUCGGUGUGCGAGACCCUAGUACCCAAGUUGGUAGCUGAGGACAUCCCUCUUCUUCAGAGUCUGUUGUCUGAUGUAUUCCCUGGUAUUCAGUAUAGAGGAGCGGAUAUGACGAGGCUCCGGGAGGAGAUCAAGAAAGUGUGUCUGGAAUAUCAAAUAGUUUACGGAGAGAACGACGAGAUAGGCACAGCUUGGGUCGAGAAAGUUCUCCAGCUUUACCAGAUAACGACUCUGUGUCACGGUCUGAUGAUGGUGGGACCCAGUGGUUCUGGUAAGAGUACCGCUUGGAGAGUCCUCCUCAAGGCUCUCAACAGAUAUGAGGGUAAGGAAGGUGUAAGUCACGUGAUAGAUCCUAAGGCUAUCUCCAAGGAGGUGUUGUACGGGACCAUGGACCCCAAUACCAGGGAGUGGACUGAUGGUCUCUUCACUCACAUACUCAGGAAGAUCAUUGAUAACGUCAGAGGUGAACUGAACCAGAGACACUGGAUAAUAUUUGAUGGAGACGUGGACCCGGAGUGGGUUGAGAACCUGAACUCCGUGCUGGACGACAACAAGCUUCUGACACUACCCAACGGAGAGAGACUCUCCAUACCUCCCAAUGUACGUAUAAUGUUCGAGGUACAGGACCUAAAGUACGCCACACUAGCUACUGUGUCCCGGUGUGGCAUGGUCUGGUUUAGUGAGGACGUCCUCAGUUUGGAGAUGCUCUUUGCUAACUACGUCCGGAGGCUCAAGAAUGUUCCUAUUGAUGAUACUGCCAGAUUCUACGGUAUCCACUGUAUCUCAAGUAACAAGACCACAACAGUGGAAGAAACGCCGGAGAUGGAAGUACAGAGACUGGUAGCUGAGGCGGUGUCUGGUCAGUUCACUCCAGAUGGUGUUGUGGUUAAGGCUUUGGAGUGGGCACUCAAGAAAGAUGGACACAUAAUGGAGUUGACAAGAAUGAGAGCUUUGGGAUCCCUCUUCUCCAUGCUUAACGAAUGCGUGCGGAGGAUUAUCAACUACAACAACACUCAUUCUGACUUCCCUCUGUCGCCAGAAGCAAUAGAGUCCUACAGCCAGAAGUUUGUAGUAUAUUCCCUUCUCUGGGCGUUCACUGGGGACGCUAAGUUGAGCGUGAGGAAUGAAUUGGGAGAGUUCUUGAGGUCGUGCAGUACCAUUCAGAUGCCGAGUGGUACCACACCGCUUAUUGAUUACGAGCCUACAAUAGAAGGAGACUGGACUCCGUGGACCAACAAAGUACCACCGAUAGAAGUGGAAACACACAGAGUGGGAGCACCUGAUGUAGUGGUACCCACCCUUGAUACUGUCAGACACGAGAACAUUCUAUACAGUUGGCUAGCAGAACACAAACCACUAGUGCUGUGUGAUCCUCCUGGCUCUGGAAAAACAAUGACACUCUUCAGUGCUCUGAGAGUCCUUCCUGAUAUGGAGGUUGCAGGUCUGAAUUUCUCGUGUGCCACGACCCCGGAACUGCUCCUAAAGACGUUUGACCAAUACUGCGAGUAUAGGAAAACCCCUAAUGGUGUCAUCAUGUCUCCUAUCUCACUGAACAAGUGGUUGAUACUGUUCUGUGACGAGAUAAACCUACCCGAUGAAGACAGCUACGGAACACAACAUGUUAUCUCCUUUAUCAGACAGAUGGUGGAACACAACGGUUUCUACCGGACUACCGAUCAGCAGUGGGUGACCCUAGAGAGGAUUCAGUUUGUUGGAGCCUGUAACCCUCCUACUGAUCCAGGACGUAAACCUCUCAGCCAACGAUUCCUACGCCACGUACCGAUUGUGUAUGUUGACUACCCUGGAGCAGCCUCCCUUAAACAGAUCUACGGUACUUUCAACAGGCCAUGCUCAGGAUGGUCCCUUCUCUACAGGGCUACUGGGAGCCUCUCACAGACGCCAUGGUAGAAUCCUUCAUGAUGACGCAAGAGAACUUCACCCAAGACAUCCAGCCUCACUACGUUUACUCACCCCGUGAAAUGACCAGAUGGGUUAGAGGUA